AUGGCUCACCGAGUAGUGAUAACUGGUUUGGGCACUGUAUCACCCUAUGGUGUGGGUGUGAAGCGGUUAUGGGACGGUAUCAGACAAAACAAAUCUGGCCUCAAGUUUGAUAAGGCAUUGGGCGUGGUUGUUGGGGCUGUCCCUCGAGGCACUGAAGAUGGUGCUUUUAAUGUAAACGAAUUCUCAAACCGAGAUCAACGAGAAAUGGCUACACCAACAUUGCUCACGUUGAAGGCGGUAGAAGAGGCGCUACAGGAUUCUAAAUUGGCCGACGUCGAAGAAGGAUUUCACGAUGAAACAGCUGUCAACAUUGGUAAGAGCUUCAAUGAAUUACAUUAAAUGUUUUAUUCAAUGUUGUACGAAUACAUUACUAUGAAUUCUUACUUCAAAACACUUACAGUAUGAUUAUGCUAGUCAAAAUCUUGCUUUAGGUAUGGGCAUUGCUGACCUAGAAGAGAUCCACAAGACCGCUACACUAAUCGAAAAGGGCAGACCUCGUCAAGUUGGACCGUUCUUUGUUCCUAAAAUACUGACAAACGUGCCCGGAGGCUAUGUUGCUCUUAAAUAUGGUUUAAAGGGAGGCAACAGUUCCUCGACCACAGCUUGUGCUACUGGACUAACCUGUUUGGCUGAAGCCUUUGCUCAAAUUCAGUCUGGACGAGUGCGUAGAGCUGUUGCUGGAUCAGUCGAAAGCUGUCUGAACUCCGUUUCUGUGGUCGGAUUUCAACGAAUGAGGGCUCUCGCUUCCAAAACUGAUGAUUUAGAUGAUACAUUACGUAAGUGACUCGUAUAUAACGGUAGUACCUAUACUGCCGAUCCUAGACAUCAUAUAUAUGUAUUUUUGAUAACAAUCUUUAAUGUUGUAACCAUAGGGUUAUACGAUGUACAUAUAGUAGAAGUCAGGGGUAGCAAUUUAUUUAACAGAAUAAUACAAAUUAUAGAGAAUAGAGUAGUGCUGGUACCAGGAGCAGCGGGUCGUAUUGCUGACUGAAUAGGUGUACAAAGAUUGUACUUUUAUAGUACUAGAAAAUAGGCGGAGUUUGCACGACUAUUUCGAAAUAGCGUUGACGUGUACUGCGCUCAUUGGUUACUUUACGCUUUGUCAUGAUGACUAACAUGUAUUUCGAAAUCUGGUGAUUUUGUAACAAGAAUAGUACCGUAUUAUAUCUACGUUCUUUUCGUGGUGUUUUUACGAAUAUUACAUUAAGUAAUCAGAAUUUGAUAACAAUUUUAUUUUAGCGUCAACAUCACGGCCAUUUGAUGUUCAUAGGAACGGUUUCGUGUUGUCAGAAGGAGCUGGGAUUCUGAUUUUGGAAAGACUUGAAGAUGCCAAGGCUCGUGGUGCUACCGUCUACGCAGAAGUUCUGGGAUACGGUAUGUUUUUGAUAAUAUAGAAAAGAAAAACAUAAUUUUCAAAUAUUAUCAGUACAACAUCUAACACAAUAUAAAUUCAGACCAGCUUUUAUAAAUCUAUAAAGCAUAUCUUUAUGAGUCAAUAUAACUUAUGACAUCGACUUUAAAUUCAGGUAUAUCCAACGAUGCCUACCACCUAACCUCACCUUCUCCAGAUGGAAAAGCUUCUGAACUCAGUAUCACGAGAUGCCUAAAAGAUAGCAAACUUGAUGUCAGUGACGUACAGUACGUCAAUGCUCACGCUACGUCAACAAAAGUGGGCGACAAAGCUGAAGCCAUCUCGAUCUCUCGACUGUUCGGCCCAAAAGUGGCAUUAUCAUCACUAAAAGGCCACAUUGGACAUUGUGUGUCAGCAGCUGGGUCGAUUGAAUCGAUAGGGACCUUGUUGAGUAUGACGAAUGGGGAAAUACCUCCAACACUCAACCUGGCACGGUCUGAUGUUGACGUAGAUGUGGACUUGGUUCAAGGAGAAUGGAGGAGGUGGCCCAAAGGCAAACGAAGAGUUGUCGUCAAGAAUUCUUUCGGGUUUGGGGGCGCUUUUGUGUCAGUAGCCUUUGCUCAAGUAUAG